UAAUUGCAGUUUUGAAGUUUAACAUAGUAUCUGUUAUAUCUGUGCAUUCAUUACCGGUAAUUCAUUCUUCAAAAGUGAAAACUAGCAGAACAAUCAUAUGAGUGAGGAUUGAUGGAUAUAGCUGAGAAACCUAACAACUGUUACACAAGAUAACCAGCUUGGAAAAUUCAUUAUGUCAUCUUCAUGAAACCAGUUAUUGGAUGAAUCAGAAGAUUGAUCUGAUUCCAACAUGCUGGUCUCUACAGGAAUUCACGUAGCUUUUGUUGUGCUGUUGUGUUUUGUUGCCAUAGCUACAUCAUCUUCUAUUGGAAAUGACCCAGUUACAAACUCCAAGACAUUGCAUAGCAAUACCACAACAAGUAGCCAUAGCAACAAGACAGAAGACAAGCACCUGUCACCUGAUGGUGGUAUCCAUGGUGAUGAAGGUCAUGAUGAUGAUGGAGGUCAUCAUGCUAGCAACCGUAUCCAUGUGGCAGAAUUAAACUAUGACCAUGUCAAAGGCCCAAUGAUUGUGGUGCUGGUAAUAAUCUUUGCAGGACUUAGCAAAAUAGGUUUCCACCAUGCUGAUUUUCUGUCUUCCAAGGUUCCGGAAUCCUGUGUUCUCAUUUUAUUGGGCAUCCUGUUUGGAGCUAUCUUGUAUGUAACCGGUGCUGCAGAAAAUGUUGACUUCUUUACUCCGGAUACUUUCUUUAUCUACCUUCUACCACCGAUCAUCCUUGAGGCAGCUUUCAGCCUCCAUGACAGAGCCUUCUCCGACAAUCUCGGCAGUAUUAUCAUGUUUUCUGUUGUUGGGACGAUUAUCGCUUGCUUUGCCAUAGGCCUUUCGCUGUAUGGACUAUCCCUGGCAGGGGCCAUGUCGGACCCCGAGGCUAACCUCGUUCAGAUCCUUGUGUUCACUGCACUCAUUGUGGCCGUCGACCCUGUUGCUGUGCUAGCAAUAUUCCAAGAAGUAGGGGUUAACCAGAUGCUGUACUUCAUGGUGUUUGGGGAGUCGCUACUGAAUGAUGGUGUCACAGUGGUGCUCUAUAAUGUGAUGCAGACCUACAACCGGAUGGAUACCAUAGAAGCAGACCAGAUAGUACUGGGCAUAGUGAAGUUCUUUGUUGUUGUGUUUGGAGGCCUGGCUAUUGGCAUUAUACUCGGGAUAUUAUCGGCUUUCAUCACAAAGUAUACUAACUUGGUCAAGGUGGCCGAACCAAUCAUCAUAUUUGCCUUUGCCUAUGAGUCAUACAUUCUUGCGGAAAUGUUCCAUUUCUCUGGUAUUGUAAGUAUUAUAGGAUGUGGGCUAACACAGGUGCAGUAUGCCUUCAAAAACAUCACCAACAAGUCAAAACUGGCUGUCAAGUUCUUCGCCAAGGUCAUCAGUAACACCAGUGAGAUAAUCAUUUUCCUGUUUCUGGGAUUGAAGACAGUAACUACACACCAUGUUUGGAAUACAGGCUUUGUGCUCUGGACCUUAUUGCUGUGUGUCGUGUAUAGAUUUAUAAUAACAUUUGGCAUCUCGUGGUCCAUCAACAGGUGUGACAGACACAGGGUCAGGAAGAUCAAGCUGGAUGAGAUGUUCAUGAUUAGUUAUGGAGGCCUACGUGGUGCUGUUUGUUUCUCCCUGGUGGCACUGCUGAGUGAGAAAGAAUUCCCGAUGAAAAACAUGUUCAUCACAACAACCCUUGUCAUCAUUUUCUUUACAGUGUUCAUACAGGGUGGGACAAUCAAGUGGCUGGUGAAGAAGAUGCGGAUCUCACUCAAUGACAGCACUAAGGAUAUGAUCAUGUAUCAGGAACUCAACCAACAUAUCACGGACCAUCUAAUGGCUGGUAUAGAGGAGGUAGUUGGAACAUCUGGCAAACACUACCUCAGAGAGAAAUUUGACAACCUGGACAACAAAUUUUUCCGCCCGUUGCUGCUACGUGAUGCGAACGAGUGUGAUGUGGAAGAACUCAACAAAUACUAUGAGAAACUCAUGAUGAAAGAACACUACAAGAACUUGAGGAUCUGUGGAGCCCAGAAUCUGCCCAGGGUUGCUUCUUCUAUUCGUGCUGUAGACAGUUCAGCCUGCCUGAGAGGGAUGGACAAUGGUUUUGAACAGAAACAACUGGAAAAAGAAGAGGAGCGGGUUGACCGUCGUCGGCGACUGAUAUCCCAGCGUUCUCUUGACAAUGCUCCCAGAUCAGACGGUGAAUAUGAUGUGCAGAAGAUGCUGAGAGACGCCCUAGCCACAUCUAGAAAUCAAACUGGAAGGCACUUCCAUGACAAGAAUUAUGUAAAGGAUGAGCAUCGCCAUUUGGUUGGUCAGCUUCGACAGAAAUACAAGAAAAACCAACGUCUUAGUACCAUGUGUCGUCCUAAGCUAGAUCGUGCAUUGUCAUGGAAUGAGAAUCAAGGUGAACUUUUUACCAGACGAACUUCUGAUGUAAAGUUAAACCUUCGUGCUGGGAGGGCCGUCACUGUCGAUUUCUCUCCGGGUGAGUUGGAGGAGUCGAAGUCAGCGGAAUUUACUCUUGAUGACACGGUGUUUGAGGCUGAAGAAGACGACAAUACUGAACAUAAUCCAUUACUUAGCAACAACACAAUGGGUCAUAUGAAACGCGUUCACUUCUCUGAUGUUGAGAAACAGGGAACUGUAGGUGAAAAAGGCCAGGGUAAAGGGACUGUGAAGGGGCAGGAUGUGAGUGUGCAUGUACAAGGAGGGAUGGGGGAACUUCUGGCUGAGGCAAACUUGAUUGACAGUGCUGACUUGGAGAAGGAAAAUGCACACAAUGUAUUGGAAGACAAUCUGGCACUGUCACAGGGAUUCUCUGUGAGUAAAGAGGUGCCUUCUAAAGAAUAUCAUCCUGACCCGAGACAGAAUGACAGUGACAAGACUGAUCCAAAGAAAUCCUUAACCAAGCGUGCUGAUAGUCAUCAUGGUGGGCAUGAACUAUUACGACAGGAUGCUUUAAAGGAUGCGGAUAUUCGAGGGGACAUUGAGCUGCAAGAGUUGGGUAAGACAACACUGCAGGAGCCAUCAAGAAAAAUGUCUGUGUAGAACUUCAAAUGAAGUUUUGUCAGUCAAACAUACAUUGUGAAUUUAAAAAAAUGCAAGUUUCAAGGUCCAAACUUUCUUUGUAUUAUGAUACUAUACAAGUGAAUUAUUAUACAGUGAAUGAACUGUUUCAAUCCAAAUGCUACCUGUUUACAUCCAAUAGCAAUAAACUUGUAGGCUUAACAUUUUAUUAAAGGAUCAUAAGAUGUUUUAAAGCAGUCAUUUGUCCUUUAAUUCAUAGAUUUCUCUUACAUUAGAAUGUUGUGCACUGCUUUUCCCUACUGCUUAGACUGAACAAUUACUCAAGUAAAGCAAAAACAACUUAAACUGGUAAAUGAAUUGGCAGUAAAUAUACAUUUAAACAACAUUAAUCUGAACACCGUUUAUCAGAAAUUAUCGAUACUUCAAAUGAAUUUUUGUUUUUGUUUACACAUCAUACUGUAAUGACACACAGACGUUGGUUUUAGGUGAUAAUGAAGCACAUGUCAAUGAGAGAUUUAUUUUGGGUGGUCUAGUUCGUAUAUAACGGCUGAUUAACACAAUAGAAACUUUAUAUGUCAUGAAAGUUUAACUGGGACCAUGUUAUAUGUCAUGAAAAUGUAACUGGGACCAUGUUAUAUGUCAUGAAAAUGUAACUGGGACCAUGUUAUAUGUCAUGAAAGUGUAACUGGGACCAUGUUAUAUGUCAUGAAAGUGUAACUGGGACCAUGAUAUAUGUCUUGGCAGUGUAACUGCGACCAUGAUAUAUGUCAUGGCAGUGUAACUGCGACUAGAUAUAUGUCAUGACAGUGUAACUGGGACCAUGAUAUAUGUCAUGAAAGUGUAACUGCGACUAGAUAUAUGUCAUGACAGUGUAACUGGGACUAGAUAUAUGUCAUGACAAUGUAACUGUGACCAUGAUAUAUGUCAUGACAGUGUAACUGCGACUAGAUAUAUCGAGGGCUCAACGCAACACUAUUGUAACUCAUUUUUUCAAAUUUUACAGGAGGUUGAAAAAACUUCACAAUUUUUUGUAUUAUACAUAUUUUGUAAGAUUCUUAGUAUAUUUGUCUUUGAAAGUAGAAUCAAUUUAAUAAUCCAAAUAGAAAUUUGAAGUAUAAUGUUGUGUUUUUAUUAUAUUUGAAUAAAUAUUAGUUACAAUAGUGUUGCCUCUGAAAAUGAGAAAAUAUCAUUUAAUUUUUCAACGCAACACAAUUGUAACUGAAGUUGCAAUAGUGUUGCAUUUAUCUUUUUUUACCAGUUUUCCAGUUAUAUUUACAAUUUGCAGAGCAACACAAUGAUAUUAUUUUUUUUAAGUUGUGCUUACAUAUUAAUUUAAAACAUAGCUGAAAACACAUUUAAUUCCUCAUAGUUCUUUGUAGUUUUUAGCUCGACUAUUCAAAGAAUAAGGAGAGCUAUACUACUCACCAAAGCGUCGGGGUCAGCGUCACCCCUUGGUUAAGGUUUUGCGUGCAAGCACACAUAGGUUAAUAUCUCAGCAACUACUUGAGGUAUUGCAUCGAGACUUUAUACAAUGGUACUCAACCACCCAACGUACUUAAAUAACCCGGCCCCAAUAUCACGCAAAUACUUAAGUCAAAUCUCAAUCUCUAUCUCAACUCAUUUUACCACAUAGAAGCAUCGUAUUAUUCAAAAUCUUGCAUGUUUUCAUACUUUUUGUAAACAUAUUUUCUCUUGAGUAUUUGAUAAAAGGCAAUGAAUUGAACUCAAGUACAUUUUUUGGCAAUAAAAAAGUUUUCAAUUGGAAUCGAGACCAAAGGUUUGAUCAACAUAUUCAAUGAAAGAAUGCGUUUUAAAAAAAAUGUGAAAACAUAUUCUUGUUUCCAAUAAAUUUUGUAUAAUAUGGUUAAAUGAGUUGAGAUUGAGUUUGAGAUUUGACUUAAGUAUUUUCGUGAUAUUGGGGCCAGGUUAGAUACCUCUAGUUUGCAUUUAAUGCAAAUAUUUGCCCUUUAUUAUUCGACUUAGAAAAUCUGGUUAAGGUUUUGCGUGCAAGCACACAUUGGUUAAAAUCUCAGCAACUACUUGAGGUAUUGCAUUGAGACUCGAUACAAUGGUACUCAACCAUCCAACUUACUUAAUUAACCAGGUAUGAUAACUCUAGUUUGCAUUUAAUGCAAAUAAUUGCCCUUUAUUAUUCAACUUAGAAAUUCUGGUUAAGGUUUUGCGUGCAAGCACACAUAGGUUAAUAUCUCAGCAACUGCUUGAGGUAUUGCAUUGAGACUUUAUACAAUGGUACUCAACCAUCCAUCCUCCUAAAUUAAUCAAGUUAGAUAACUUGCUUUCAAUGAAAGUUGUCAAAACGUUCAAUCUGUGAGAGUGCAGCUUUAACAAUCUGACUUUUUAAAAAUAUUUUAUAACAUGAUGUUGCCAUCAUAAAAUGCCCUGUAAAUCAUAGAAAUGCAAUUUAUUAUAUAAAUAGAAUAUCCCAUUCGUGGUCAUUUAAACAAAAUUUAUUAAGUUAUGUUUACUGAAUUGUCAAAAAUUGAUAUAAAGUUUUCACAGCUUACGGUAUUUCAAUCAAUUUUAGAAAACUUUAAUAAAUAAAUGAAAAAUAAAUUCCUUAUUGAACUCCACAUUAUAGAGGGUCAGACAUAGAUUUCGUGUUUAAUGUGAAUAAAGGUCGAUUAUCCUCUAUGUUUGGCAAACGGGGAAUACACUGAAAUCACAAUUAGGCAUUCAAAUUAAUAAUCUGAUGUUAAACUAAUACAUCAUAAUAUUAGCAUCGUUGGCAACUACAGUACUUUUUCUGUUAAAUUUCAUACACAAUGAAGCAUAGCGAUGUUGGUCUGACGAUGAAUAAUUAGAUAUAAAUAAAUUAAUUUAUAGAUUUAUACUUCUAUAAUUGAUCUCAUAAUUUUCAUAUGUUCUAAUUUUUAAAGAACACUGUACUAGUGGCAUAGUACUGUUUUGGUUUAAUAGUUUAUUUGAUUCACAGAGAUUAUAAGUAUCUACCAUAGCCGCUCGUGUAAGAUUAUAGGUUCAUCCCGACCCUCGCGCAGGGUGUUUUGCGGGAACUCAGUAAACCUCGUCUUACACUCUCAGCCAUGGAAGAUACUUAUAAUCUCUGUGCAUCAAGUUCACUUCCUUCUGAGGACCAUGAUAUAGCUUAUUUGAUAAAAGAAGCUAUUUGGCCUCUCUGAGGUAUAUGAUACCAUCUUUAUUUCAUUGUAUUUGACCUUUUCAUUAUCUUCAUUUAUUGAAAAGUUUUUCACAUUGCUUGCAACCUGUUUAAUGUCUAAAAUGUCAGUCGUACUCAUUUCUUUCACAAAAUAUGGCCUUUCAUGUGAUGCAGUUCGGACAAUUGCUGCCCACUACCCACUUGUAUACACACUGUCAUGUUUUGAUGCUCUCUCAACUUCAGCAUGUAUUGAAUCUCUUUCAUUUUGUGUAUAACCUUUUUGCAAAUAAUUAUGUGUGAUUGUCCAUAGUUUGCUGCUCCCCCUUUGCAGGAGGCUACUGGUAGCCUUGCCAUAUGGCAGCUACUGAGUUUGCAACACACUGCCGGUCACAUCCUUUAUGGGAAGCGUGUCUCUGGUGUUUAGAAUCUUGCAACAUAUUAUCUGUUUCCUAGAUACAAAAAAAUGUAUUAAAUAUUUUAUAGGAUGUUGUUAUUAUGGAUAAAACCCUUUUUUCAGAAAAAGUAGCAUUUUUUUCAGCAAAUACUUCUAUUAUCCCACAAAACCUUAACAAAUCGGAUGGAAUGCAAAUAUGGCAUAUUUCUAAGAACUUUUAUGAAAAAACAUUAAAUUGACCGGACUAAAUGACUUGUAUCAGGGUCUUAUAACAGAUUUGUUGACAUUGUUUGUAUUAACAUUUUAGGACACUAAAUGAUAUUUUUCCUAAUUAGGUCAAUUAUAAAAUUAUUUGGACCAUUAUUUGGACCAUAGUAUUAAAAAAGUGAGUGGUUUUUUUUAAAUUUCCGUUGUAUUGCAUUGGGAUGUUAUAUAACACCUGAACUACAUGUACCAAAAUGUCAUAGUAUUCACUUAAAUAGAUUAUGGUUCUAUGGUGUCAGGGCCACACAAUUAAAGUUAAAUCUGUAAUAAAAUUGAACUAUUAAUAUAACAAAAAAAUAAUUAAAGAAAAUGUUUAGAAUGGUUACACAUAUUAAUCUUCAUAUACAGUACAGCCAACUAUUAAAAAAAUAAAAGAAAUCAGUUUAUUUUUACCUUGUAAUGAACAUAACAUAAUAAUAUUUUUCUUGUUAUUUAAUUUAUAAUUUCAUAACAUAUUAUUACAAUAAGAAAUUGUUUAUAUGAAAAGUAAAACACUUCUGUAUAAAGCGCAUUAUUGCAAUAUUGACACAAACUUUAGUGAAAGCUGAUGAUGUGAUAUGAUUCUUACCCUUUAUCUUGGGAUAAUACACAUGUUACUUUAAAUAGUAACAUUUCACUAUAGAAAUUCGUUCCCGUAAUAAUGAUUAUCGUCCCAACCUGUGAGAUUAUUACGAUUAUUGCAUAAUUGCCCGAUGAGAACGAGAACGUAAUUUAAGACUGACAUCAAUUUCACGUUAAUAAGAAUGGCCGCUGUAUACUUUGUAGGCAAACAUUUUGUUUCAGUAAUGAGUACAACCCGAAACUGUACCAGAUGUUUACAUCCGUUAAAGGUCAUAAAGCACUGAGGCAAGGAAAUGUUUUGUAGAAACGUUUUUUUUUACUUUACUCGCUGAGAAUUUUUAAUUAUUCCAGCAGAAUGGCUAGAGUCAUUUAAGUCGAGAUGCUUAUGAAAUUGCUCCUAGGCUUGACGACCCUGGCUGUGCCCACCUUAUAAUUGAAGUGAACAACCAAAACAGCCAAUGUAAAACAUGAAAUAUUUGAAGAAUGAGAAUAUUGCAGGCUUAUUCUGAAAACACGUACGAAAAGGUUUGCUAAUGUGAUUUCCAGUCACUCGUUAUUUUUCACAGCUAAUGCCAUUCAAAACCAUUUUGUUAUUUUACAUUUUUAAAACGUUAAGACUUAAGUCACUAUUGUACGUAUGCUAAUCAUAAUGCAUAUCUUUUAUUGUUCCACAAAAUCAUGUUCUUUAAAUCCAUUUGAAAUCAUUGACAAAUGACAAAACAUAUAUGUAUUAUACAGGAUAAUAAUGGUUGACCAUGGCUUUUGGUUGAUAAUUGCCCCAGUGAAA